AAGUGAGCUCAGUAAAGCCAGCCAAAGUUCAGACUUCAGAAGAAGCGAGCGAGCAGGAGGAGGACAGGAAGUAUGGCGCACUACCAGCAGGGGAGGCGGCAGCAAGUGGACGAGUACGGCAACCCGGUCCCUGGGGGCCACGGUGUCCAGGGCCAGCAGCUGGGUGAAGCCGCCGGCGGGUACGGCGUCGCAGGCACCGGCAGCUACGGCGGCCAGCAGCAGGCCGGGUAUGGCCCCACGGGCACCGGCACGCAUGACGCCGGGGGCUACGACGGCUCGGACCAUCCGGGUUACGGGGCUACCGGAACGGGCGUCGACGACGCCGGUGGCCCAGGUGCGUAUGGAGCAGCCACGGGCACGAGAGCCCACGGCACGCACGGCGGCGUGACCGGGAUCCAGGACGGCGCCGCCGGCCUCACCGGUGGUGGUCUGCAUGGCGCAACAGGCAUGGGGACGACUACCGGUACUGGCGCGCACGGUGCCACCGGAAUGCUCGACACGGGGGUCUUGGGCGGCGGAGGGCACGCGGCCACCGGCAUGCCCGCCGGCCACGGCACGCGUCCCGGCGCCACAGGCGUAGCUGGAACCGGCGGCGCGUUCCCCCAUGCAGCUGAGCACAAGACGGGCGGCGGCAUCCUUCGCCGCUCCGGCAGCAGCUCCAGCUCCAGCAGCUCGUCAUCUGAAGACGACGGCAUGGGUGGGCGCCGGAAGAAGGGCCUGAAGGAGAAGAUCAAGGAGAAAAUGCCAGGAGGCCACAGGGAAGGCCAGGGCCAGGCGACGGCCACCGGUGCGUACGGCGGGACAGGGUACGUGGCUGGGCCGACGACCGGAGGCCCCCACGAGAAGAAGGGUGUGGUGGAGAAGAUCAAGGAGAAGAUCCCAGGCGGCCACAAGGACUACGACCAGCAUCAGCACACCACCGCGGCAACCGGUGGCGGCGGUGGCUAUGGCGGAACCACCGACACCACGUAUGGGACGACGACCACUGAAGGCACUCACGAGAAGAAGGGCUUCAUGGACAAAAUCAAGGAGAAACUCCCCGGUCAGCACUAAGCACUAAGCAGCUGCCUCUUUCCUCUUCCGGCUAGCUGCCUCUUUCCUCUUCCGGUUGGCGACUGCCUGUAAGUACAUGUAUACAGAAUAAAUAAAGCAAUAAAGAAUAAGCGGCAGCUACGUAUGUGUGUGUUUUUGUGUGUUUGCAUUGUAAGGCAGCUACGUAUGUGUGUGUGUUUGCAUUGUAACCACCUCAGUAAUCCUGUGCGUUCAUGAUCCUUCUAUGUGACUUCAUGUGACGAAGUAGAAGGAAUAAGAAAGUCAAAUCUUACUAUU